UCAUCUGCUCUCACCAAUCUGAACAUGAACCUUUAAGUAGUAGGUUAUCUAUCUAUUUUUCAGAAGGCAUGACAGUAAUGUACACCAGUGGUAGAAUUUCUACAGAAACAGUAGGUCCGAUGUGUGCAUGCGCGGAUAUAAAGCGAUCUUCAACAAUGGCGCCUAGAUUCAGAUUCAUUUGAUAACUUCAAGUUGAUUGAGAUGUGGGUCCUGCUCUCUAUGGUGCUAGGUCAAAGGGAUUAAGAUUGUCCGAUUGGCUUCUUGGCGGUGCAAGCCCAAGUAGGCGGUUGCGAGUACUUGAAUCAGAGUAGAAAAUUUUGACUUGCAAGUCAGUGCCGGUUAUGCAUUCAACGUGACGUUUGCCCAGAAAAUGAUACACACAUAUCAAUCAAGUGCAAUUGUCCCUACGUCGGAGCGAACGCUUCUAGCGCUUAAUGCUGACUCCAAAAUGUCUGUGAUUACAGCACAGAAGCGAUCAUCUGAUUUUGCCCUGUCUACUUUGCAAGCUGAGCAUGAGCGGAAAGUUAAACAGCUACGGACAGAAAAUAUGGCACGUACUUUUUAAAACUGAUUUUCACCCGUUAUUUUUUCUAGGAGCUGGAAUCAGACAAGUACAAGUUGAUGACUGAUUGUGGUGUUCUUAAAAUAAAAGUGGACCUGUUGGAAAAGGAGAACGAGGCCGAACGUAACCGGAUGCGCGAGUUUGAAGAGCAGAUGAAUGAAAGAUUAGAUAAGACGGUUAAAGCGUGCAAUGUAUCUGAAUCAACUCUUCUGUUGGAAUUGGAGCGGCUGCGAGCGGAGUCUUUUGACGCUCGACGUCUCCAGAUGGAAUUAGAACGAGAAAAGGCGGAGAGCGACGCUAAAGUUGCGAAACUGUCUGCCUUGCUGGAUGCCCGUUCUAAGUAUGGUGUCAUUUGGAAUUUACUGGUUUACUGCUUUUUUAGACGGCUGCAAGAGCUUGAAACGUUCGUCACCGAACGAAAGAGUGAAUUAGAUGAAUAUAAGGAACUGAAGCUUGCUGUUCAGGAUUUACAAGCACAAAAGAAAAGCCUCGAAGAUCGACUCAAGUUGGAGGAGAAUCGUUUACCUGUAAAUGAACAUAUCCACUCGAAUCUGAAAAGUGCGGGCUAUUUGGCAAAGUUAGAGCUAGAGCAUAAUCGGGUGAAAUCUGCUUACAAGAGCCUGAGUAAAGAACGCGCCGAUUGGCUCAUCACCAAAGAAGAGAACAGAGACCUCCGUGCACAAGUUGAACAGUUGAAAGUUUGGCGUGAAAGGGCCUUGAAUGCAGAAAACGCCUUGGCAGAGAAGCAGGAUCUUUAUUCACUGAACACUUCUGGUGCUAUCAGUCCAGGUCGUGUUCAACGGCUAGAACGCGAAAACCAAUUACUGUUGGCGGAACAAGGGGAACUGCGAACAGAGGCCACACAACUUCGACAUCAGUUGGAGCAAACAAACGCGAAGCUUCACUGUUUGACUUCACAAAGAACUCAAAUCGCCGGGAUUCCACAGUCAUUCACCGAACCCUGUAACUGGGACCGGCCUCAGCUUUUAGAAACCCCCAUUCAGUUACUUCAAGAUACCGCCGGCAUAUUUCGAUUUGGGAUCGGUAAGCAAGUUGGAGUGAGUGACGAAGUCGUUUUGAUGAGUCGUACGCUUACACUGACCGCUUUCGCUAACAGUGGUUUCGAGCCGCUCCAGAUAAACACCUUUAUCUCCUCUGCUUCUCUCUCGCUCGUUUCUUUCAGUCGCCGCAUCGCAGAUUUGGAGAACCGGUUGUCUGAAACAGAAACUGCGAAACUUGCUUUAGAAGAAAAGCUGGAAAUAUUUGAAUCCCAGGGUUCCUAUGACCCCCGCGUCACAACAGUUGUAACACUCAAAGCGAACCCAAUGUCAACUUUGAAGACGAAUCAGUCCAACGAAUUGGCUCAUCUGAGGCAUGAAAACGAACGAUUUCGUCAGCGGAUUAAGGUUCUUGAAGACUGCCUCUCAAGGCUCCGCGAAGCCAAGGCCAAGUCUUCCAACCAUUUACUCUCAAAUGAGCCGACGGUUGGCCUGAGUGGCGUCACUAUGGUGGUUAAUGAACGGUUACAAGAAAAUCCAGAUCCACUGAGCGAACUGGCAGAAGUUCGUGAACAACUCCGAGUCGAGAGGCUCAGAAGUGACCGUCUUAUGGAAAUGUUUGACAAAGCAAGUACCAAAUUCCGCGGUGCAUGCCGCGAACUGCUCGGCUAUCGGAUUGAUAUGAAUACUGCAGAUGAAUAUAAAGUUCGUUCAGCGUUUGUUUCGGACCCGAAGGAGUAUAUUCUCUUUAAACGCGUGAACGGAAAAUUUGAAUUGCAGGCCACAGAUUACAGUUGCACUCUUCCUGACGAUAUUCGUUCCUAUUUGAACACAAACAACGGUACUGCUGGUUUCUUUGCAGCUCUUACCAUGUUCUAUCUCCAACAAAACACUUUGCUCAUUUGACUUUUGUAGAGCAAUUUGACUAUUUUUAUGUAUGGAACGGUUAUUUCUCCGGCUGGAUGGCAAGCGGAACCAGGCGACUAUCGAUAGAAAAAUA